AUGGCAGAUCCAGCAGUGUCGGAGCUCAAUGAGCUCUUCGGCGCGGGAGACAAGGGCUUGGGCCAGGACGUCGUCGUCGAGAUGCAGUCUAUCAUGAGGCUGCACAGCUUGCAGCCGCAGGACCUCUUCUUCAAAUGGGAGUCUUAUUGCAUCAAGCUCGACAUUGAAGCAACACAGCCGUCUUAUGAGAAAAUGAGAGGCUUCAAGCAGGACCUGCAAGACGCCCUGGAGAAAAGCACCCGGACCCAAUCCCAUGCGAAACCAGACAAGCACCGGGUUGGUGCCACCCCGAGAGCAGGCGCCAAGGGUGGAGAUGUAUUUGGCAUGAUCGAUGGCCUGUUGCCAAACACCCCUGCGGCACGCAAGAGCGCCAUCAGGAAGAAGGAGACACCAACGUCUCGUAUCAAGUCAGAACAUCCAGCCAGCUCACCGGACCAGAGGCCCGCGGCCAAUCUAAAAGACCAGCUGGACUCCAUGGGGGCAAUGCCUCCGUCCUCUUUCAAUGACCGUUCAAAUCCGGGGGAGGUUAUUGAGGUUCUCAACAGCCAGCUUCCAGCAGCGGAGCCUCCAAUAGCCCCCUUUGGAGAGUCUCGUGUCAAGCUGACUGCCGCAUCGGACCAGAAGAAGCUGGCCUACAAGCCAUUAGGCAUGAAGCUGUCAGAAGCGUCCGAGAUCCUGGACGACCGGAUAGACGAUUUUCUCAAUAUCGUCAUGGAUCACCACAAACUAGACCCAUCUGCUUUCGGCAGUGCAGCGUCUCAAAGCACCACCGAGAUUGUAGCAGUGGGCCGCAUUGCCUCAGACUCUUCAGAAGGCAGGCUUAAUGCUGCUUCCCUAAUUCUCGAGACUUCACGGAGAACGGGCGGCGGCCUGCGGGUGCCUUUGGGUAUGGAGAAGAUCCAGAACUACCAGUUUUUCCCGGGCCAGAUUGUCGCCUUGAGAGGAAGCAACAUUUCGGGACAAAGCUUCACUGUCAAGGAGAUUCUGGAGGUCCCUCUCCUUUCCAACGCGGCCUCGACACCAGCAGCCUUGCAAGCCCACCGGGACAAACUCCUCGGCGGCCCUGACGCCAUGGAAACGGACAGUGAACCAAUUCCUCUAAAUGUUCUCUACGCAUCCGGCCCCUAUACCGCAGACGACAACCUGGAUUUUGAGCCGCUCCACCAACUCUGCACUGUUGCAUCAGACACAUACGCCGACGCUCUCGUGCUGACGGGGCCGUUCAUCGAUGUCGACCACCCGCUCAUCGCAUCAGGCGACUUCGACCUGCCGGAGGAGGCGAACAUCGACCCCGACCUGGCGACCAUGGCCAGUGUCUUCAAAUACAUGAUUUCACCCAUCCUCAACCGGCUCGUCGCCGCCAACCCCGCUGUAACAGUCCUACUCGUCCCGUCGACACGAGACGUGAUCGACAAGCACGUCUCGUGGCCGCAGGAUUCAUUUCCCAGGAAAGAUCUCGGCCUCCACAAGACCGCCGUCAAGAUCGUGGGUAACCCCAUGACCCUGUCCAUCAACGAGAUGGUCCUGGGCGUCUCGUCGCAGGAUGUGCUAUGGGACCUCAGGGGCGAGGAGUGCACGAACCGCCCGCCGGUGCCGGAUCUCCUGGCGCGGCUGUCGAGGUACCUGAUCGAGCAGCGGCACUACUUCCCCGUGUUCCCGCCCUCUGACCGCAGCAAGUACCCCAAGACGGGUGCCGAAGACGGCAGACCCGUGGGGCCGAUGUUGGAUGUGAGCUAUCUCAAGCUGGGCGAGAUGGUGGGUGUCAGGCCGGAUGUGCUGGUUGUUCCAAGCGCGCUGCCGCCUUUUGCGAAGGUUGUUGAAAGUGUCCUUGUAAUCAACCCCGGCUUUCUGUCCAAGCGCCGUGGCGCGGGCACCUAUGCUCGGAUGACGCUGUAUCCGCCCUCACUGUCGGAGAUUGAAGAAGCAGGCGAGAACAUGCUGGGACAUAAGAUCUUUGACAGAGCGAGGGUCGAGAUCACCAGGAUAUAG